AUGGAGGACCUUCGCACUGAGAUGAUGGCAGAGAUCAAACAGCUGAAGACCAAGCAAGGAGGUGGAAGAUUAGAAGAAGUUAUGAUAGAAGCUAAUACUACUCCGCUAGUACCAAGCUUAUCCAAAGCUGAAAUCCCCAAGAAAUGUCUGAUCCUAGCAUUUGAAUGCUACGAUGGAUCCAGUGAUCCCGCGACCCACCUUCGGUAUUAUAACCUUAUGUUGGCCCGGUGGGAUCAGGAAGAUGUGGUCCUUUGCAGAUAUUUCCCUUCAAGCUUGAAGGGAUCGUCUCUAUCUUGGUUUGAUAAUCUACCUCCCAACUCCAUCAAUUCGUAUGAGCAACUCACUGAAAAGUUCUUAAGAACUUACAUGUACAACAAGGCUGUCCACGCUGGGAUGGACAAGUUAUUCUCAUUGGCCACCAGAUACAAGGAUACGACCAGGGAAUACACGGAUAGAUGGCAUAAAAUAUGCCAGGCUAUAGGAUAUAUUCGGGUAAUCAUCAAGAAACACGCUAGGUUGGAAGAAAUCCAGCGAGAGAAUCCAAGGGCACAGGCUCAAAGAUCUCAUCGAACUAACUCCGCAGAGCAGGCCAGCGGAUCGAAGAGAAGUUCAAUCAAAUGCCCAAACGAAGAUAAGAGAGGAAGAAGAGAAGGCCCUCGGAAUGAUGAUCGAAAGUUCGAAGAUCAGAUUUACACAAAUCUAAAUACAAGUUAUGCUCGAAUCUUAAAAGAAAUUAAGGGUCAAGAAAACUUGGAUUGGCCAUGGUCAAAAGGGAAACAACCCCCAAGAUCUGAAAAAUCGAAGGAAUACUGCGAUUACCACUGUUUCAAUGGGCACCAAACCGAGAAGUGCAAGAACUUGAAGAUAAUGAUCCAAAAGCUUAUCGACAACGGAGAACUUAAGCAAUGUAUAAGGAAGGAAGAAGCAUAUGAUAGGUCAAAACGAAUCAAGCAAGUUCAAUUGCCUGAAGGCAAUCGAACUCUGAACACCAUUUCGUGUUCGGAAGCCACGGGACCGUCUCUAACAACGCAGAUUGGAAAAAGGAUGAGAAAACAGUUCGAAGACUAUUGCGAGCUGUACAAAAUCGACGGGGUAGAAAUAGACGAGCAUAAGCAAUGGAUGGAUGCACCAAUAACUUUCGAGGCAGACGAUAUGGAGGAAGACAUGGAGGAUCACAAUGAUACUUUGUUCCUCACACUGCCCGUAGCAGGGUGA